GCCUCGCUACGGUAGCCGAGAGGGGAGAGGGGGGUGGUUGCUUACGCAGCGGCCGUGGGUCUCCGCCCGAGACUAUGGCGGCUGGCAUUGCACUGGGAGGAAAGGAGAGACGUGGUCGAGAUGGUGAAAAAAAACAAAUAAGUCGUUAAAGUAUCCAGGUAGUUAGCGCGGUUAUUUCCGGGUUUGCUUUAAAAGCGCGCGUACACUCCGUCGUUAUUUUUUGGAGGAAAGGUGGCAAGCAAGUCCUGACAUUUUUUAACAGCGUCCUACAUGUAACAACUUUGGUUUUUGUGUGUCUAAACACAUGAAAAACAAUACCUUUCCAUCCUCGCACCCACCACUUUCCGGAUGGUGGUGUAGCCGUCAAGUGCAUGGCCUGCGUGGGGGGGAAUUUGCUACAAUGAAGCCCCGUGUCGGAGCGCCGGGUCUUUGUGCUCUGCCAUAGCCGAGAGAGGGGCGAGCUCGGACCGUGUUAACAUCAACAACCGCCUUAAAUGGCCAAACAAAAUGGUGAAUGUGACACGGCUUGAUUGAAUACACAAUGCGCGAGUACAAAGUGGUGGUCCUGGGCAGCGGAGGGGUCGGAAAGUCCGCCCUCACGGUGCAGUUUGUCACCGGGACGUUCAUUGAGAAGUACGACCCCACCAUAGAGGACUUCUACCGCAAGGAGAUCGAGGUGGACUCCUCGCCGUCGGUGCUGGAGAUCCUUGACACUGCCGGGACCGAGCAGUUCGCCUCCAUGCGGGACCUUUACAUCAAGAAUGGCCAAGGAUUUAUUCUGGUCUACAGCCUUGUCAACCAGCAGAGCUUCCAGGACAUAAAGCCCAUGAGAGACCAGAUCAUAAGAGUGAAAAGGUACGAGAAGGUUCCCGUGAUCCUGGUGGGCAACAAGGUGGACCUGGAGAGCGAGAGGGAGGUGUCGUCCAGCGAGGGCCAGGCCCUGGCCGAGGAGUGGGGCUGCCCCUUCAUGGAGACCUCGGCCAAGAGCAAAACCAUGGUAGACGAACUGUUUGCCGAGAUUGUCCGGCAGAUGGACUACGCCGCCCAGCCUGACAAGGACGACCCCUGCUGCUCCUCUUGCAAUAUACAAUAGCCAACAAUGGCCCCCAGGCGGCGGCGAGAGGAGACUGCAGCAGAGAGACGCAAUUAGCACGCUCACACACAUGCACAUGCCAAUUAAAUGGUUGAACGCCAUGGCUUUAUUUAAGCCUGAUAUCAGCAGUGACAUUCAUUAUGUGAGGAACGGCAUUGAGCAACAACUGACAACAAAAAAACAGCAUACCCUCGCCUUAUGUUGCUGUCUUCACCUUUUUAGCAAAGAAUUACACAUGGGAUUUCCUUUCUUUUUGUUUUUUUUAAAGGUAACACUUCACUCUGCUGUGGUUCUCUUUUGUUUCCAUGUGUCGUUUACUGUGACAAGCCAGCACACAACAUCAAAAGCAGAUUUCCUGGAUCCCUUUGCUUAAAAUAUUAACAAAUGAUUGGAUUUGUGUACAUUUUGUGCAGUGUUUUUUCUACUCAUCACCGGGCUGAACCAAAGAGGUGACCUAAAAGCAUUUUAUUGUUUUUUUGGGGGGGGGGUCCCGUCCAUUAAACAGCGUAGUCUUCCACAUAUCACGCAAUCUGUUUUCAAGAUUCAUCUUAUUGGGGCUUUUGUCAGUAUUUGAUCAUCUCAUCAACAAUGCUGUCAGUUGUGCAGAAUUAUUGAUGCGUCUAAUGUAAAUCUUGAUGCAAUCGACUUAAAAUGGAGUGCACUACUUGGCUCGAACCAGCAGAGGCGCUGUUGAUUUAAUCUCGACACAAAACAAAUCACCAACGGAACAAUUUUUUUUUUUUCAUGUUUGUUUUAAAACAAAAAAAAAAACUAACCAGCUGGGAAGUUGAGCUACAUCCAGUUCAAAACUGUCAUGGAAACAGGAGUUCAGAACAUCCCACAGUCAAUUGAGGAAACGUUGAUCUAAUGUCAACAUCCGACUAAACGCCACAUUUAAAGGCACAAUGUUGUCAUUUCCCACCCAUCUGGUACUGCUAUGAAAUGAAAUGCCAUUCUUUAUGUGCUCAGAGUAUUCCUAUAGUAACAAAUAGCAACGGUGGUGGUUGUAAUGAUACUAAAGACUAAUUAAUUCAAGGUAGUGUAAAUAUUUUGUAUUGGAAGUGCCGGCUGCAACAAGAAACUGAACGUGUGUUAUGUGUCAACUGUAUGCAUGGCUAAAAAGACUUUUGAGAUGAAUAUAAGGCUGUAGAGGUGUGCAAACCGAACAUGCAGGUAUGACCCCGGACGUCUGUGCAUCUUUUUUUUUUUUCUUCUUCAUUUUUCAGCGGGAAGCCAAUUUCUUUCCACCCGUGUAACCAUUUUUCAUCGUUGAUUUUAUAUUUUUUUAUGUGAGCAUUUACUCUUGAAUCCGUCUUUGAAUGGAAACAUUUGACACCUGAGUAAUAAAAAGUGCGUUCAACACUUGCAUCGAG